AUGAAUCCUGUAGCCAUGUCCAAAUGGAGAAGUCAGUCUCAGUCCCUGGGGCCAACAAUACAAGAUUAUCUGAAUCGGCCAAGACCUACCUGGGAAGAAAUAAAAAGAAGAUUAGAAAGUCUAAAGAAAGGCUCUAAGACAUUAGCUGAAUAUGAAGCAAGAAUGAAUGAGAAUUGGAAUAAAGAGCUAAAAACAAUCAGAGAGAAAUCAUUAAGUGGAAGCGCGAGCUCAUCUAAAAGAAAAGAAAGAAAGAAAAAGAAGAAAUCUAUUCGAUCUUUAUCUUCAUCAUCAAGCUCUGAUUCUUCCAGCAGCUCUUCAGAUUCAUCGAGUGAGGAUAAGAAACAAAGGAAAAAGAGAAAGAAAAAGAAGUCUCAUUCAUACAGAUCCUCAGAUAGCUCUGCAUCUGAAUCAGAGAGCAAGGAAUCCUUAAAAAGGAAAAGGAAAUCAAAGGAUGAAGCAGAGAAAGAAAAGCAUAUUAGCAAAAAAAGGAAGAUUCAUUCUGAGGGUAAACCUUUAUCAUUUGAGUCUUCAUCAGAAUCAGAUUAUGAAGAGGAGGUAAAAGCAAAAAAGAAGAAAAGAUGUGAAGAGCGAGAAAAAGCUGUGGAAAAAGCAAAGAAGAAGAAAUGGCACAAGAAACAUAGUAAGAAGCAGAAAAAGAAGAAGAAAAAUUCUAGUUCAAGUCACAAGUCAGGAUAA